CUUCACUCCCGCAUGCACACAAAUUCCACGAGCAGUGUGUGUCUCGCAGCGCGCGCUGCAUCUUGUGCAUAACUGGGGACACUGGUUUUAACAAAACAACAUACAGCACUACGCACAGAAAAGACCGAGAGAUAACAGAAACACAAUGUUGCUGAUGCUCCUGGAACGUCACCCUAACAUGGAGACUUACUUCUCUGGUUUCCGGACUUCAUAGUGGCAAAAAUUUACUGGAUACGUUGUGAGCACGGAGAGAGCGGGGCUUGUGUCGGCAACAUUUUGCGGGCCCUCUAUGAAACUGAAGAUGAGAGCAGCUCACCAGGACGCAAUGGGUCCUCGGGUAUUGUACCUAUGUGCUCUAUAUCUGUCCACUGAUCACACAACCUAACGCACAGCGCGUCUCCACUGAUGACAUUCUCUAGGACUAAUGACUUUAUCAACAUUUGAAUGCUGUUUUGGGGCGGAAAGGCACACACUAAAAAUAACCCAGGAGAAGAUGCGUUCAGGAUGGAUGUAGCCAAGUUUACCACCGUUACCAAUACCUCGCAGGAUACCAACACCUCGAGAGCCCCAAUACCUCUCACGCAAACGGAGGUGGGCUCCGCGCUCAUAAUCCUUGUGGUCACCGUGAUCAUUCUGGUCACUAUCGUCGGUAACGUGCUGGUCAUCGUGGCCGUGCUCACCAGCCAGGCUCUCCGCGCCCCCCAGAACCUUUUCCUGGUGUCCCUGGCAUGUGCAGACAUCCUAGUGGCGACACUGGUCAUCCCGUUCUCCCUCGCCAAUGAGGUCAUGGGUUACUGGUACUUUGGGAGCACCUGGUGCGCCUUUUAUCUGGCACUGGAUGUCCUCUUCUGCACCUCAUCCAUAGUCCACCUGUGCGCCAUCAGUCUGGACCGCUACUGGUCAGUCACCAAGGCCGUGAGCUACAACCUGAAGCGCACCCCCAAGCGAAUCAAGUCCAUGAUAGCCGUGGUGUGGGUCAUCUCCGCCGUCAUCUCCUUUCCGCCUCUCAUCAUGACCAAGCACGACGAGCACGAGUGUCUGUUAAACAACGAGACCUGGUACAUCCUGUCCUCUUGCCUCGUGUCCUUCUUCGCCCCGGGCCUCAUCAUGAUCCUGGUGUACUGUAAGAUCUAUAAAGUGGCCAAGCAGCGCUCCUCCACCGUGUUCGUGGCUAAGAACGGCCUGGAGAGGCAGCCAUCCCAGUCGGAGACGUGCUUCGUGAGGAAGGAGCGGAUGGAGAGCCCCAGUAGCCAGAGCUCCGAGGACCACCACAGGCAGGAGGAGCUGGAUGAUAUCGACUUGGAGGAGAGCUGCUGUGCGUCGGACAUUAAACCACGGAGCCACCGCUUCUCCAAGCACAGGAAGGUGGAGGUCUCGGACUGCUGCCCGCGCCAGAGCUGCCGCCUCUCCUGGGCCUCGGCACGCGCCUCGCAGCUCUUCCAAGAUCCCAAAAACGCAACCAAUGCUGUCCUGGCGGCCCAGCGGCAGCACCUCGCAGCCCAUCGGCAGCACCUCGCGGCGGCAGUGUCCAAGACCAAAGUGGCCCAGAUGCGCGAGAAGCGCUUCACGUUCGUGCUGGCGGUGGUGAUGGGGGUGUUCGUGCUCUGCUGGUUCCCUUUCUUUUUCACAUACAGCCUGCACGCGAUCUGCAGGGAGAGCUGUUACAUACCCGGUGCGCUCUUCAACGCCUUCUUCUGGAUUGGCUACUGUAACAGCUCAGUGAACCCUAUCAUAUAUACCAUUUUCAACAGGGAUUUUCGUAAAGCGUUUAAGAAAAUCGUAUGCCGGACUUCAAAACGCACUAAUACCACUUGAAAAGAAGGGUCACUUUGAGGCUGUGACUGCCUGACUGUGCUUCACUGCUCAUCGAAACAGACGUCAGUUCUUCACCCAAGCGCGCAUCCCUGCACCUCUGAAUGACUAUAUUCAUUCCAAAAGGAACGUUUGUAUGUAAAUAAUAUGAUAUAAAAAUAUGUCUUGUUGUGCACAAAUGUGUGAAUAUUAGAAACAAUGUACAGAGGAAAUAGGAUAUAUUAAACAAAAGCUAAAUACAGCAUUGUCAUUGAUGAUUUAA